UUUGGAGUUGAACAAAAUUAGAUUUUUUUAGUUGGUUCCGACUUCCGACUGUUGUGCAAGUGAAAGUUUCUGUUUUUUUGGUGGCUACAAUGAUAUCUUCUCUCAAGUGCCUACAUAUUUAAGUGGCCAAGUAUAUGGUUGUGGUUAUUUUGCUUAAUAAAGUACCUUUCCUUCUGGUGGUUCAACUUCUCUAUAUUUGGUGUUGUACCAUACAGUAAAAGAAAGAAAGAAAAACCCCAUUUCUUUAUCAUUGCAAUUGUCUCCACAUCACUAGUUUCUUUAACACUUGAAUGGGGGUUGCUGCCGCUCAAGUAGUGGAUAAUCCAUGCUAUCCUACAUCCUUUAAGGUGCACCAUGUGAUGUGCACGGAACUUAGUAAGUUGGUUGAUAGAAUUAUAAAGAUAUUUCCAAAAAUCGAAGCUGCUCGACCUAGAUGCUCUUCAGGAAUUAAGGCACUAUGCUCACUCAACAGUGCAAUUGACAAAGCAAAGUUACUUCUUCGAUACUGCAGUGAAUCCAGUAAACUCUAUCUGGCAAUAACGACAGAUGCCAUACUUUCAAGAUGUCACAAAUCGAAAAACUUGUUGGAACAAGGUUUAUGCCAAAUUCAGAGUAUGGUUCCCGUUAUGCUUGCUUUUGAGAUCACUCAAAUUGUUGAUGAUUUUCAAGCUGCAAAAUUUAUCCCUGAUGAAUUUGAAAAAGAGGCCGGGAAGGUUGCAAGAGAAUUGCUCCAGAGGGGAGCUACAGAAUCAGAUUCAAUGGGGUACGCCGAAAUUAGAGCUCUUAAAACAGUGGCAUCACGACUUCAUCUUACAUCUUUAAUAGCCAUCUUAAUAGAGAAAAGAUCUAUUAAGAAGUUGCUGGAAAAAGUCGGUGACUCUGACCAACAAAAGAAAAAGAUCUUAAGAUAUCUUUUGUAUCUGUUGAGGAAGUAUGCGAACCAGAUUAUUGAAGAGCAAACAGACAACACGAAUGAUCUGAAUGAAGGAGCAUUUGCAAGUAAUGGCCCUAGUACUGAUUCUAUGCAAGCUCACUCUUUUAAUGUGGAAUCUUGCAUGGAGCGUAAGCGGUAUGAUGCUCAUGCUGAUAAGUUAAGCAUUGCUACUCUUCCCGAGGAGUUUAAAUGCCCCAUAUCUUCAAGAUUGAUGUAUGAUCCCGUUAUCAUUGCUUCUGGACAAACAUUUGCGGUGGUCGGCGGUAUAAUUCGCGACGGCAGACGGCUGUCGGAUUCCCUCCGGUGA